AUGUCCACAUUAAAGCAGUUUCGUCUUCUUCUUUGGAAGGACUUGAUAAUAAUCAAAAGGAAUAAAGUAUGGGCUCUUUUCGAAAUGCUCAUACCGACAGUAAUGUUGGGACUAAUUGUGUAUUUAGUAGUAAAGAACACAUCGUCCGAUCUUUCUCCUGACCAUAAAUUCGAGCCUUUCAAUUUAACCGGUACAGUCGAAGAUGCUUUUGUUGUCACCUACAGUACGUCAAUUCAUAGAAGAUGGUGUCUUAAAGAUAGUGUGAUGCUGGCAUACGCGGUCAAAAAUGAAAAUUCAAAGAAAGAAGUCGAUAAAUUAAUGAAAAGUGUCUCUCAGAGAUACCAAAGUUCAAGAUUACAAAUGAAUGUGGAACGAUUGGACAAUGGCACUCAUUUAUUAACCGCUUUAAAGGACGAUCUUCCGGAAAACGCUGAGGAGGCGAUUUGUGGAAUUGGAAAAUUUGUUGGUGGAAUAUUCUUCGAGGAAUUCGACAUUGCCAAUAAACAGCUUAAAUACCAGAUUUAUAUUCCAAAGCGUCUACAAGAUUUGUGGAAUCUCGAUGAAACUUGGGAAUAUCCAUAUGGGGCAAUAUCAGGCUUCUCAUCUCGAAUCCCUUCGAUUCCGCCAUAUUGGAUGUCUGGCUAUCUUACAAUUCAGCAUGCGGUCGAAACAGUUUUCACCGAGAGUUCGAAAGAAUCGAGCGUCGGAAGCGCGAAUAUCGAGUUCUUGGCGCUUCCAGUUCCAAGAUACAGACAGAGCUCGCUGGGCACUUUCAUCUCAUUCUUCCCAACGAUUUGGGCAUUCUGCACCUUCGUCAUUGUAAUUCAUGUGACACGAGAAAUUAGCGCUGAGAAUUCAAAUGUCAAGCCAUUUUUAUCCGCUAUGGGAUUGUCGACGAGCAUGUUCUAUUUGGCGCAUAUUACUGUCGCGUUCGUUAAAUUCCUGAUCAUCUUCCUCAUUUGUACAAUUCCACUUCUCACUGUCAUGGAUUUUGUGAGCCCUGCUGCUCUCGUGACCGCCAAUGUUUUCUACGGAUUGGGUGCAGUUAUGUUCGGUGCUCUCGUCGCUUCGAUGUUCAAAAACCAUAACUCUGCAGUUAAAGUAAUAUUGGUCCUCUGGAUUGGAAUGAUCGCCUUAUCAAAGUUCACGCAACCCGCGAAUCAUCGUCUAUUCCUUUGCGCUAUAUAUGCGCUGAACAUCAAUGGCGCAUUUUCACUUGCCGUUCAAGCGAUUUCAGACAGCAUGAAACGAGAGCGCGAAUUAAAUUUGUUCACUAUGUUCAACAAUUCGUCUCUGCAAUUCUCGCUUGGAUGGUCCCUUGUGAUGAUGGUAAUUGAUAUUCUUUGGAUGUGGGCAGCUACAAUGCUUAUUGAUCAUAUUCAAAAUAAUGUUGAUUUUGACCCGCGUAAUUGGAUUUUCAAAGAAACAUUGGAUGAUGACGAAACGGUUCCUGAUGGUAUCACAAUCACUAAUACUCGUCAGAAUGAGAUUCAGAUGAACAAUAUUUCGCCGAAUACCCUCUCGCCACCCAACAAUGAUUCGGAUUUGCUGCUUGAAGGGGCCACAGAAAUUGACGGAGCUCGAGAAGCGGCAAGAGCCGACAUUAUCGUGCAUCGACUUGUGAAGAUUUGGUCGACGACGGGUGAACGAGCUGUUGAUGGGCUCUCCCUGAAAGCGACUCGCGGACAAGUUGCGGUCCUUUUGGGACACAAUGGCGCUGGAAAGAGUACGACGUUCGCGAGUAUCGCGGGAAUUAUUAAACCGACAUCAGGAAAUAUCACGAUUUGCAAUCAUGAUGUUGUUCGAGAACUCACUGAAACGAGAAAACACAUUGGUCUGUGCCCGCAGUACAAUCCGCUUUAUGAAAAACUAACGGUUGCUGAACAUCUUUCUUUAAUUCACGGAUUGAAGGGAUCAGAAAAGCCGUUCGAAGAGGAAAUGAAUCGCUUGCUUGAGGAUAUCAAACUGGAUUUCAAGAAAAACGAAAUUUCGAUGAAUUUGUCUGGUGGAAUGAAACGCAAACUAUGCGUAUGCAUGGCUCUUAUUGGACAAAGCGAUGUUGUUCUUCUCGAUGAGCCGACGGCUGGAAUGGAUCCUGGAGCAAGAAAAGAUGUCGAAAGAAUGUUGGAGAAUGAGAAAGCUAAUCGUACCAUUCUAUUAACCACCCAUUAUAUGGAUGAAGCUGAAAGACUGGGGGAUUGGGUGUUCAUCAUGUCACAUGGAAUGCUUGUUGCUUCCGGAACGAAUCAAUAUUUGAAAAAGAAGUUUGGAACUGGCUAUCAGUUGACUGUCGUCCUCGGACACAGCUCUGAUAAGAGGCAAAUGGCGGAUUUGUUGGUGAAAGUGUGUGCAGUCUAUGUGGAUGGAGCGACGAGAGGCGAAUUGCACGGACAACAAGUGGAAAUUGUGUUGCCCGAGCAGAAUAAGACGAACUUUCCGCAGUUGUUUAGAGCAUUGGAAGCAAUUCAGGAAAGAGAUUUUAAAUCACCUGUGUUGUCAAGCAUUCCGAACGAUGUCAAAUCUCAACUGGCGAAUCUGAUGCUUAACAAUUUCGGAUUGUCGCUUAACACUUUGGAGCAGGUUUUCAUUAGUAUCGGAGAUAAGGUCGAUGAAGCUCUCGCCAGUCGUCAGAACAGCACAAUUAGCAGAAAUCCGAGUGGAGCAAGCAAUCUUCAAAUUCCUGGCUAUAAUACUCAAAGUAGUACGAAGAGUGCUGAUAGCUAUGCGAGACUGAUGCAAUGCCAAGAAAGAGGAGCUGAUUUACAUGGUUGUUCGCUGGUCAUGGCGCAAUUUCGCUCAAUUUUCCGCAAAAAGUUCUUAUAUACACGUCGCAAUUGGACUCAGCUAUUCGGACAAGUUGUGAUUCCUUUGAUCCUUCUUGGUUUUGUCGGAUUACUCACAUUGAUCGAACACGAUAUUCGCGACAAUUUGCGGCAUUUUUCAAUUUCCGAAAUAACACCAACUCGAGUUUUAUGGAGAUUUGAUUCGAAUGUUUCCGGAGUCGACGAGCAAUUACUCAAAACUAUCAAAAGUGAAAGCGGAUUUAUUAUUGAAAACUACUCUGAAUCGAAAACGCUUAUGCAAAUUGUUGAAUUGAUGAAAGGGGAAAUGCCACCAGUUGCUUUUGGAUUGACACCGAGCGAAAAUAUGAAUUCGUCUACAGCUCUGUUCAAUAAUCGAGCUUUUCAUGUGCUCCCAACUUACGUUAGUAUUAUCAAUUCAGCAAGAGCUGGAACGCAGAAGUCGGCUAUCGAAGGUGGUAUUUCAUUAUAUACGAAACUGAGUCAAACGGGUCAACUUAUUCCUAAAAAUCUCAUCGACAUCCUUCUCGCACCAUUCCUUGUUCUCAUCUUCGCAAUGGUCUCUUCGAGUUUUGUCAUUUUCCUUGUCGAAGAGCGAAUUUCAAUGUUUGCUCAUCAGCAAUUCCUCACUGGAAUCUCUCCGAUCACAUUCUACGUCGCUUCAUUUUUCUACGAUUUCGUUGUUUAUGCUGUCAUUUGUCUAAUGUUUGGAUUAAUAUUUCUAGUUUUCGGCUGGAUGAAGUCUCACUUCCUUAUUUUGAUUCUAUUUUGGAUACUUUAUUUCAUUUCGUGUGUUCCGUUCAUCUACGCCGUCUCAUUCCUAUUCGAAUCGCCGUCCAAAGCCAAUGUUCUCCUCAUUAUUUGGCUCGUCAUCCUCUCUGCGACCGCAGCAAUUACUGUCAAGAUAAUACAGGCGAUUCCGAUUUCGCAAAUUCCACAAAUGAUGAAAGAUACGAUUGGGGAAAUCUUCUGCUUCUUACUUCCGUCGUAUGUAUUUGGAGAAUCUGUGGUGAAAAUCAGCGCGUUGGGAAUGGUUUUCACCAACGAACAACUUUUGCAAUGGGAUAUUCUUGGCAAAAAUAUAGCAUAUAUGUUGACAUUUGGUGCAUUUUCAAUCACAUUAUUCCUUGUAAUGCAAUUCAAAUGUGUGCGAAAGAAAAUUGCUGAUAUCAUAACAAUUCGUAAAGGCAGCAACAAUAUCCAACCAUUAAUGUCGGAUCUUCCGCGAUGUGAUAGUGUCGACAAAGAGAAGGAAUUGGUCAGAUAUGGAAAUACACAAGAACACGCCCUUGUUGUGAAGGAUCUUCGAAAAGUUUACGGAAAUUUGACGGCGUUAAAUGAUCUGUGCUUGGCUGUCCGCCAAAAUGAAUGUUUUGGCGUAUUGGGUGUGAAUGGCGCAGGAAAAACAACGACGUUCAACAUUUUAACUGGCCAAACAUUUGCUACAAGCGGAAGUGCGACGAUUGGAGGAAGAGAUGUCACCGAACAGAUUUCGAUCGGCUAUUGUCCGCAAUUUGAUGCGCUUCUUCUCGAUUUAACAGGACGAGAAAUUCUCGAGAUUCUAUCCUUGAUGCACGGCUUCAAAGACUAUGUGAGUAGAGCUUCUCUGGUUCUUGAAUGCGUUGGAAUGCUCAAACACGCCGACAAACGCGUCCGAUUCUACAGUGGAGGCCAAAAACGCAAAAUCUCGGUGGGAGUCGCACUUCUCGCACCGACGCAGAUUAUCAUUCUGGAUGAACCGACGGCAGGAAUCGAUCCGAAAGCGCGACGCGAGAUUUGGGAACUGCUGAUGUGGUGUUGCGAUCACUCGAACAGCGCACUCUUGCUAACUUCUCAUUCAAUGGAUGAGUGUGAAGCCUUGUGUUCCAGAAUUGCUGUUUUGAAUCGAGGAACAAUGAUUGCGAUAGGAACCAGUCAGGAUUUGAAAUCCUUAUACGGAAAUAAUUUCACAAUGACGUUGACACUAAAAAGUAUCGAUGAGCGAUAUGAAAUUUGCCGAAAAGUUGCUCUUCGCAUUCCAAGAGCUGUUCUCAAAACAAAAGAAACGAACAAAACACUCAAUUUGAAAUGGAUCAUUCCAAAAGAAGAAGGUGAUCGAUGGUCUGAAAAAUUCGAAAUGGUUAAGAAUUUGGCGAAAGAGCUUGAUGUCAAAGAUUAUAUAUUGGCACAAUCUUCAUUAGAAGAAACAUUCUUAAGAUUAUCUGGACUUGAUGCCGAAGGAGAAGAGAAUGAGGUUCAUAGAUAG